GUGCCCGGGCGGAAGCGCUCGGAGGCAGCUGGGCCUACAGCGCGGCCCUGCGAGCGCGGAGGGAGCGGCACCAGCGAGCCUUUUCCUUGGAAUCCCGGCGCCGCCGGGAAAGGGGCUCCCCGGAGCUGUGCUGUGUUUGAGCAUCGCUCCCAAACUCCUGCCGUAAGUGACGUUCGCCCUUUUCCUGCGCCAGGCCCUAGAGACGGGAAAAGCUAAGGCCGAAAGAAUUUAGGCUGCGCCUCCAGGGUUUGUUGUGCCAAGACGCUCCUAUUGCAAAAUCUGCAGUUGAAAAGGAAUAUUUUUUUUUUAUAAGAAGAGAAUGGAUGGAGAAGAGAAAACAUAUGGUGGGUGUGAGGGCCCAGAUGCUAUGUAUGUGAAGUUAAUAUCCUCUGAUGGCCAUGAGUUCAUCGUAAAAAGAGAGCAUGCAUUGACAUCAGGAACAAUAAAAGCUAUGUUGAGUGGACCGGGACAGUUUGCAGAAAAUGAAACAAAUGAGGUCAAUUUUAGAGAGAUCCCAUCCCAUGUCCUAUCCAAAGUAUGCAUGUAUUUCACCUACAAGGUCCGCUAUACUAACAGCUCUACGGAGAUUCCUGAAUUCCCAAUUGCACCUGAAAUUGCACUGGAACUUCUGAUGGCUGCGAACUUCUUAGAUUGUUAAAUAAAAUAAAUUAUAAUAAAAAAAUGUAAAACUUUUUUCAGUAUUUAA